AUGGCUUCCAAUGCAGCAAGGCAAGCUCUGAAAUUAUACGUCGGUAAUCUGCCUUGGACCAUUGGCACACAGGAAUUGAAACACUACUUCAGCAAGUUCGGGCACAUUAAUUCGGCGUCAGUUGUCUUCGAUAAGAAUACAGGGCUAUCAAAGAACUACGGUUUUGUUGUCUACAGUAACAAGGAGGGUUUUGAAAGUGCCACUAACUCCACAAAUCAUUUUCUUGAAGGAAACAAUUUAAAAGUUGAAGCCGCCAAUUAA